CCGCCCCCCAUCCCCAUUUCCCCUCCCCUGCUUCGACCAGGCUCGCUCUGCCCCGAUUGAUCGCCCUCCCCCGCGGCGCCCCUCAAAAUGAGCACCACACAGGGCCUCGGCUCGGUGCAGCUGCCCGACGAUACGGCGGCCUACCUGCUGGCGGUGAAGAUCAUCGGCGACUUCGCCCGGACAGCUGGCCCGCUGCGGCUGGUGACCACCGGCUCCACGCGGCCCUCGGCCGAAGAGUGGUUCACCCAGUCGUGGCGUCCGUCGGACCCCGUGGCACAGGCCGACUCGCCGGGAGCCACGGUAGCCGCGGCGGCCGCCGCGUCUUCCGCCUCCUCGGUGGGCGAGCGCCAGCAGUUGGCCCUCGGCGCCGGCACGGUCCAUGCCAUCGAGCUGGCGGUGUCGCGCGCUUGUCGGGCCUCCUUCUCGGCGGCGGCCCGGCGGCACCUGGCCCGGCGGGCGUUGGAGACCGCCGAGCGCCUCUACUCGCCGGUGGCCUCCUCCCCCGGCGACCGGGGUCACCUGCUGCAUGGGAUUGCCCUGGCGCAUAUCAGCUCUCGCACGGCCCAGGUCCUGGCGGUCCUGGAUGACGCGGUCACCGAAGCGGCCGCCAGCGAAGUGGGCAUCACGCCCGCCGGGCUCGGCACGACUGCCGGGCCCACCCCCAGCACGAAGGCCCCGCCCAAUGACCCGGCCGAUGGGCCGCAGGCCUGCCGCCUGUCGGCUGCCACGCCCGCCCUGCUGGACGGCGUGCUGGAAAGCGCGGCCAGCGUCUCGGACUUCACCAUUCGCGCGCUGCUGGAGGAGGCCCUGCGCGAGGUGGACCGGUCGCUGAAUCUCGAGCCCCUCCCCCUUCGCGGGGACGAUCAGGGCCCCGGCGGAGCCGGCCAUCUAUCAAGCACCCCCGGGUCGAUGAGCAACUCGCCGAGUCGCUCGUCCCUCAGCUCCUUCUCACGCAGCGGCAGCUCCUCCACAUUGAUGAUGGCCGCUGCCGGGUCGACCAAGAUCAUGAGCGCGGCCUCGUCCCUCGGAGGGUCCAUGGGGCGCGCCGCGCGCGCGGCCAUUGCCUCGCCCCUGAGGCCCAUUCGUGCGGGGUUCUCCUCGCGCUCCGGGCCCGGCACCGAGUCGGCCCCCACGUCGCCCACCGAGGCGGCGGCCGCCGCCGCCUCGGACUUUGGGCCCGGGGCGCAGCUGAGCCACGACUUCGGCCUGAUGGACCGCACGGCCGGGGAGUCGGCCUCGGCCGACGCGCGCGUUUGCCGGGUGGUGGCCCUCUUGAACAACUUGGCCGUCAUCGUGGCCUCCACCUCCGGCCAGGCCGACUGGCUGACCACGGCCUCAGAUCCGCGACGCUCCUCGCGCUGGGUCCGCCGGCUCCUCAUGCUGCCGGUAUCGACCGGCGACAUGGGCGAUGCGCCCGGCAGCGAUGUCGCCCCGCACACGUCCGCCCCCCCGACGCCGGCCCCAUCCACGGGCAGCAUGUACUGCCCACCGGCGGCGGCCCUCGGCCUCUGGCAGCGUGCCCGUGCCAUGGCCCGGUCCCAGGUGUCCAGUCCGGCCCUCUCGGCCUGGCUGACAGCCUCCCUGGACAAUAACAUGCAGUUCUUGUCCCAGCAGUCGCCCUACCUUUGGGCCGGGGCAGCCGGCCGGGCGGACGCCCUGCCGGCCGGCCUGCGCGCGCGUCUCCUCCCCCUGGAGGGGUCCCCCGAUCACUCGGCCCUGCGGGCGUGCUAUCACCGGCUGCGACAGCUGGCGCGUGCCGCCCCGCGCGACCUUCUCGGCCCAGUGGCCGAGGAGGCCCUGCUCGGUGAUGGGGCCCCCGCCGAGGGCCAAUCCACAUCCGGCUUCCGGUGGCUGGGGGCUCGCUUCAGUCGCCUGUGCCGGGCUCUGGGGACGUCCCCGACCACGGCCCUGUUUGUCGGCUGCGCGCCGGCCAUCGAUGUGAAUGGCAUCGGCCUGGGUCAGCUGCUGUGUCACUUUGAAUUGGGCCUGGUGGCCUGUCUGCUGGGGGAGGAUCUCCUCCUGGGCCUGGACCACCUGGCCGUGUGCCUCCUGCGGCUGGGGGACUUUGCGGCUGGGCUGCUGCAUGCGCCGCCGACAUUGCGCGAUGCCCCGGCCCCGGUCGGGGCACAUGCCGCCGCCGAGGCCGCCCUGCUGGGCGGUCAUGCCGGGGCGUCCUUCCCCGGGGCCGGGACCGGGCGCCGGUGGCUGUCGGCCGUGCGCAUCCUCGGCCACCGGGCCUAUGCCGCGGCGUCCGGCCUGGCGGCCACCGAUGUCUCCUCGCAAAAUUUCCAAACCCCCACCGGUCCGGGCUUGCAUCCGGAAUUCGCCGGGCUUUGGACCGGACCCUGGGCCGUGGCCCGUCGUGUGCACCUUGCCCGGGCGGCGGUGCUGGCCGCGCCGGGGCUCUUUGCCCCGGAGCAGCAGCCCCCUUCGCCGGGGCCCCAGUCGGGCCACCACCCGCCGGCCGGCCAGCAGCUCUACCACCCCUCGGGGCCUGGGUCACGUUCUGGGGGGGGCUCCCUGCGCGAUGAAAUCCGCGCCCUCUUCGAUGCAGAUGCCCCCCUCAGCCCGCUGGCCCUGGCGGAGCUGCUUCAUGAUCUGGCCGUGUCCAGCUGGGGCCCCGACCUGGCCACCUGCUGGAGCCAACUCCACUCCGGCGGGUCCGAUGGCAAUCCCGCGCCCGGGGGAACUCCCGGCGCCGGCGGCGCGACCGCCUGGCUGGGGCCCCUCCUGGCCCGGGCUCGAGCCGCGCACAUCCUCGCCCCGGCGGCCAUGGUCUUUUUGGGGAUCAUUCCGGCCGCGUCCCUGGAGGCCGUAUGGACGCGGGCCGAUUCCGGCUUGGCCACGGCUGGAGCCACGACGGCGGUGGCGAACCCCCGCGCGGCGGCGGCCGCCACGGGGCUCACCCUUCCCGGGGCCGGGUCUCGCGGCGGGCUGCCCGCUCGGGCUGGGGAUUUGCCCGACGGCGGGGUGACCAUGCUCGAUGCCCUGCGUGCAUCGGCCGCCGUGGCCCGGUCGCUUGCCGGGCCCGGCAUGGCGCCCGGGGCCGGAUCUCUCCUUCUGGGGCCCGGGUCCGGGCCCUUCGGCAAGCGGUCCAGCCGCGCGCAGCGGCCGCUGCCCACCCAAGUCCAGGCGGCCCUGCUGCCCCUGUCGCAUCUGCCCAUGUGGUCAUCGUCCAUGAUCAUCGGCCGGAACAGCAUCUCCGCGGCUGUGGCCGCCCCCGGCGUGCAAAUUGCCCAACUCAUGGCCGAGCAGCAGGGGCUCCUCUCGCCGGAUGGCACGGCCCCUGGCACUUCCUCGGGUGCCGGGGCCGCAUCCGGCCCCGGGUCCGGCCCCGGUGCCAGCAGCAGCAACCUCCUGUCCACGGUGGCUUCGGUCGCCGGGGCGGCGGCCAUGAGCGCCGCCAGCCAGGCAGCCUCCUAUGUUUUGGCCCAGGCCACCGGAGUGGUGUACGAUGCGGACAUCGCCGCGGCCAGCAGCACGGUGUACAUUGACCCGGAAUUGAGCAAGUUCUGCACACUGCUGCCGGCGCAUCGGGCACAGGCGGCGUUGCCGCCGCCGCGCGGCCCGGCCGCCGGAGCCGAGCCCCUGGCAUCGAUCGAUGUCAGCCCGGCCUCUCGGCGGGCGGCUGCCCCCGGCGGGGGCCCGGGCUCCGGGCCGAUGUCCCCCGCGCCCUCGUCGGCCGUCGGGGCCCUGCUCUCCCCCGGGGCGGCGCGCAUCUUCCAAAGUGAUGAGGAUCUCCAAUUUCUAUGGGCCCCGGAUGCCGAGGUCCCCGGGCCGGGUGGCCUCCCGGAUGGGGACCAUGCCGCCGCCAUGGUGGACAUGGAGGUCCCCCUCGACGCGGCCAUGGUGGCCGGGCUCUUCGAGCAGGUGGUCGAGCGGGCACUGACCGCGCGGCCCAUCCUGUCCAGCGGGCUGGCCGUCGAUGGGUAUCGCAUUCGCUUUGCCGAGGACGCGGAAGUCCGGGCGCCGGGGUAUGCCCUGGCCGAGGCGGCCGUGGCCCUGACGCGGGAGACCCUGUGCGCGCGUGCCGGCACAUCGGGCGACAUGCUCUCCCCGGGCGGCUCGGCCGGGGUGGACGUCACGCCGGCCCUCUCCUCGGUGGAUUUGGCCCGGCUGGGCGUGUCACUGGCCGACAUCCCGGAGAUCUUCUUCGCCGAGGACUUCGACCUGACCGACCCCGACACCUUCAACCAGAUCCUCACCCUGCUCGGGGUUGACGACCUGUGGGAGCCGGUGGAUGCCGAUGCCCCGGCCUCCGGGCCGCUGUCCGGGCGCUUCGCCACCCCGGCCCCCAGCAACUCCACCCUCUCGGCCUAUGUGGCCCGGACGCCGCGUGCAUUGGAUUCAUGCACCCUGGAGGAUAUGACCCUGCCGGUGGGGCUGGGCCUGUUGCAUGGGCGCCUUCGUGGCCAUUUGCGCACGGUGGAUGCCAUGCUGACGGUGGCCCUGUGCCGGCAUGAGGGCGCCCUCAGCCAUGCGGCCUUCCACCCGGAGGGGCAUCUGGCCAGCGUGCAAGUGGAGCUGGAGGCGGCCACCGGGGCCCUGACUCGUGCGCAGCGGCAGCUGGCCCAGGCCCGGUCGGUGACCAUCACCGCGCCGGAGCAGACGCUGGCCCUGGCCGCCCGGCGGUCGGUCUCGGCACAAACCCUGCGCCUGGCCCAUGCGGCGGGCUUCCUCCGUGCCCUGGCCGCCUUCGCGCGGGGCGCCCUGGCGGAUGGGGCCUUCGAGCUGGCUCGCCUGGCUCUGUCCUACGCCGACCAAGUCCUGCGCACCAGCAAUGUCUUCAUCCCCGGCCAGGAGAAGGUGCUCUUCCUGCUGCUGGAGUCGCUGGCUGCCAGUGCCACCCCCGGCGCCGGCAGCAUCUCUCCCACCGCCAGUCUCGUGCCUUUGGCCGAUCCGAAAUUGACCGGACGCCUGCGCGAGCUGACCGCCUUCGCCGACGACGACUUGAACCUUUCGGCCGUGGCUCCCCGAGCCUCGACCAGCGGCUCGCCGGCCACUCGCCACCCUCAACCACUCACCCGGUCCCAGAUGGCCGAGCUCUUCCCGGAGCUGGCCUGCGUCCGAGACAUCACCGCGGACCUGGGCGAGCGUCGCGAGGAACUUGAGGCGGCUCUCGGCCAGCAGCUCCGCAGUUACAUCUGCAGCUUGGUGCUUGAGACCGACGCCUCCCUGCCCGGGUCGGUGGACCUCUUGCAGCAGGAGCGCUUCGCCCCGCCGACGGACAGCUCGGCUCGCCUGGGCGCCGAGCUGCGCUUCACCAGCCGCUGUCCACUGCAUGUGACCGAACUCUUCGAGACGGCCGCGCACCAGGACCGCGAGCGGGGCGUCUUCUCGCAGCAGCUGACCGACCGCAGCAUCGCGGCCGGCAGUGUCGGCGUCAUUGCCGACUGCUUGGUUUCCUUCUCCAAGCUCUUCCGCCGGUCGCUCACGGCCGACGCGCGGCAGAUCAUCGCCCGGCACUUGACGCGCAUCAGCCAGGAGGAUGCCCUGGAGCAAAGCCCCCCCCUCGGAGCCGGACCCGGAGCCGGGGCCCAUGGCGGGGGGGUGGCCGACCCGGCGGACGCCGCGCUGGAGGCCGGCUUCUCGGCCACCAUGGCCGAUCGGCUGAAGGACGCCACGGAUGCCACCUUUCUGGACAUCCUGGCCGAGACCCUUGGCCGGCUUGCGGCCGCCGUGGAGCGCAUGUUCCUCGGGCACCUGUUCUUCGUGCGUGCGGCCGCCCUGCACCUUGGCUACGACGAGGCCCGGGUAGACCGUCCUCUGCAUUUGCGUGAGAGCCUGCUGGCCGAGGGGGGGACCCCCGGCUCGGAGCCGGCCCCGGUGGCCUGGUCACCGGCAUCCACGGCACAGGCCCUCCUCCGGCAGGCGCCCGGUUUGACGGCCGACCCGCUGACCAACAGCUGGGUCGACCGGUCCCUGAGCCUGACCCUGGGGGCUCUCGAUGCGGCGGUGUCGCGGGCGCUGCAGCUUCUGCAGCUCCGCCAGGCGGCCCUUCAGCGCCGGGCAGUUUCCUCCCUCGGGGACUUCUUCCGGCAGCACCGACUGGUGGCCAACUUUUGCGACCGACUUUUGUGGCUGUCAUCGGCCCCGGGCGAUGUCACGGCCGAUGGGCCGGCCCCGUCCGGCACGCUGGUCCCGGCCCCGGCGGCCUUGGUGUCCACCAACCGCCUGCGUGCGGCCCUCAGUGCCCAUGAGCGCCUGCACUUUCAGAAUAUCCAUCAAACCCGGCGGGCGGCCAUCGAGGGGCUGGUGUCGACCGAGCGCUGGGCCGUUUGUGAUGUGCCGCGCGAAUUCCAGGCCCUGGUGGAUCAGAUCACCGCGCGCCCUGGGCGCGGGCUCUUUGCCCAGCUGCCGGGCUUGAGCGAGGGCCAGCCCGCGACGGAGGUGGCCGUGGCGGCCACGCCUGCCCCGGCGUCCGGCGGCUCGGCCGACGGCCCGCCGGCCGAUGACGAUCCGGAGAUGUCCUUCGACUCGCUGUCGGCCUCGCACUCGACCGGGCAGUCGCCGAGUGUGCCGCUGUCCAUCCAGUCCUCGGGCGAGACGUUCUAUGCGGUGCCGGCCUUGCUCAUGACCAUUCGCUAUUUGCACGAGUAUCUGCAGACCUUCUAUGUCAUCGAGACCGGCCUCCUUGAGACCACAUCGCGUGCGGCCAACCUCAUCAGCACUUUUGACCAGGCCGCCUCCCAGGCAGUCCUCAACUCCGGAGCCAUGAAGUCCGCCGGGCUGCAAAAAAUCACCAUCAACGAACUGGCCCUCUCGCACAAUGCCAUCUCCAUCCUGGUGUGCCUGUGUACAGCCAUCCAGGAGCAUCUGCUCUUCCUGUUGACCAACCCGAUUCGCGGCCCGACGUCGCAGGGCGCCGGGGCCGGCGACCGCCGGCGGGACAACCUGGCCGAGGCCCUGGCAGCGCAAUUUGAGCCGGUGCAUCGGAAGCUUCGCCAACACCGCGCCAACCUCGAGGAGAAGAUGGUCUCGGUGCUGGAUGUUCGCGCACAGCUGCACUUCCGCAACCUCCGCAUGGAAUUGGUAUCUGGCCCGGGAGCCCGCCGGGCCGACGCCGCGCGCGGCCCCUCCGAGCAUGCCAAGCGCCUGGUCAAGGAGCUGACCACCCUCCGGCGCGUGCUCAUCCGGUACAUCCGCCAGCCGUCCCUCCUGGCCAAACUCCUGGAAAUGGCCGGGCAAUCGAUCGCCGCGCGCUUCCACACGGAGCUGCUUGCCCUGCUGACGGCUGAUGCCACGCAGCAGGGCGGCGCCGUGGGGUCCCCGAUGCCAGGGGCCCCCCUCGGGGGCGGGUCCGGUGCCUCCGGGCCCGGGGCCGGCCCCGGCGGUGUGGCUGCCCUUACGGCCUCGCAGCUGGCCCUCCUCCGGCAGGAUGCCUCGCUGAAUGCCCUCACCACCGACGCGGAGUACAUUCAGACCUGCUUCUCGCGCUUCGGCAUCUUGGCCGUGUUGGCGGAGACACUGCCCUCCUCCCCACGACCUGGCCGGGGCGGCGGCCCGGGCGACUCGCCGGCCGUGCGUGCCCCGCCCUCGGUGCCGCCCUCCGCCCCGCCGUCCCUGCCCUCCUCGACCGUGGCAUCGCCCUUCCUGGGCCCGGGGGUCGCCGGGGCCGGGCCACAAGCCUCGCCCAGCACCUCGCGCCUGCGCGACGCCGGGGCGUUCCUCUUCAGCAUGGCCAUGGGGAAGCGCCAGUAAGUGCCCUGGCAUCCUCCAGCUGUCCCCCCCCCCCCCCCCCC